CUAUUUACAGUGAACGCAGGUUUCUGUCCUCGGAUUGAACGCGUUCUUUGGCGACUCGAACUCGCCGGCUCUCGGACGGGCUCGGAUCUCGAAGCACUAGGUCACGGCACCCUGAUAGAUCUCCAGUGUUUGCUCAGUAGGACACGUGCGUGCGGCGGAGGCGUCACGCACCUUCCAAGAGCUCUUAAAGUCAAAGUCGAAGUAACGUUACCUUCCGGGAAGCCGCGGAUCAUAUCGAGACGCAUUCGAGGCGUUUCAGGGAUGGAGGAAACCCCAGCCAAUGAGAAGUCUUGUCAGACGGAUGAGAUCUCAGGUGAGGCCGCUGUGCCCGGGCCUGACCACGCGAGCAAGACGCUAGGUAAACUUCUGCCUUCUGCCUGUUUACCACUCUUAAUCUAUUCCACAGAACCUGGAGAUCCUCCUCUGCUACAAACACCGCUGCUGACCUCCAAAUCUGGCAUCCAGCAGAUCAUUGAAUGUUUCCGCACAGGUACUGCACAGCUGAAACACAUCCUCCUCAAAGAGGUGGACACCAUCUUUGAAUGUAAACACUGCCGCAGUCUCUUCCGUGGCCUUCCCAAUUUGAUCAAACACAAGGAAAUUUAUUGUUUCACUCGAAUGCCUGAACCUGAUGGCCCUUCUGGAGAUGGCAAGAAGACCGUAAAAGAACUUCUUGAGGCUAUCUAUCCCCGAUCUGAUAAAGAAGAAUAUAUACUGAAACUGGAGCCCAUUGCUGGUAACCAGAAUGCUGUGUACCAGUACCUCUCCAAAGAAGAUGACCUGCCACCUUCAUCUCAGAGCCCAAACCACACGACCACAGACAGCUGGAGACACUACCACUCCAAGGAGAGCCAGGAGCCGUACUCGGAGGAGGCCCAGUUAGAAGAAGAGGAGAACAAUUUUUCAGAUGACGAAGAUGAGAAUGAGAACAUGGAGAAAGGAGAGGACGAUGCAGAAAAGGGGCAUCAGGAUAGUGAAGAACCUGAGGAGACAUCAGAAGAAACUUGUGACAAAGACCUGGCCCCAUGCAAAUGCCUCAUUUGCAACAGGACUUACAGAGUUCGAGGCCAUCUAAGAAGACACCUACGGACUGUACACAAGAUUGUAUCUUCUGGCUCCAAAACCAACUCCAGUGAUUCCAAGAAAAUGCCCGACGGUAAAGCUCCAGACACUCCCAGCAGUAGUCCCAGCUCUUUGUCUGACAACCAGAAGAGCCCAAAAGAGGACAAGGUCUCGUCCAAGCCUCAAUUCUCCAUAGGCUUUGACUUUAAGACACGCUUCUGCAAGCUCUGCAGGCGCACCUUCAGCUCCGUGCAGAACCUGGAAAAACACAUUGAGCUGCACACGGAUAAUGGCACGGACUUCUUUGUCAAGUUUUACUGCUGUCCGCUCUGCCGCUACAAGACGCGCCGCAAGAGGGAUGUGUUACGCCAUCUCUCAGAGUUACACAAGAAGAAAUCGUCCUACCUGAGCAGGAUCUCCCAGUCGCUGGAGAGCUACUCCGUCAAGAAGCCAGCUGAGGUCGUGUUGAACAAAGAAGAGGAGAUAGUUCAAGGUCAACAAGAAGAAGCGGAUGUCCACCUCACCCACACUUCACCGUAUCUGACACGCAGGAACUUGUCUCCAAAAGCUCCUGGCAUAAUUGGAAAAAAGGCCAACAAAAAGAAGCUUCACAACGAGGAAGUGAGCCAAAACAAAAAAUUAAAGCCUAGUAGCCCAAAAGGGAGUGCUACCAAGAAAUCCCUGCACGUGUGCAACAUCUGUGGGCAGAGCUUUAAAAAGACAAGAUACCUAGGGUUGCACAAGAGAAGCCACCUGAAGUCUGCAAUCAGGAGCGGAGGAAUCAGAACGAGAUCCAAGGUCAUGCUUUGAUGUCUCCUGACAGCGAACUGGACUUGCAGCAAUUGUGGAAAGACCGUGAGAGUCACAAAGAACAUCAGAGCCGCUAAACAAGCAACGAUACAGUGCUGUGUUAAAUGAGUUAAAUCAUAAGUGGGGUAUAAGAAACCCUCAGAAAUGUGUGUUUGGGCUUUUAGGAGCUUCUCCAUCAUCCGCGCGGGAGGCCGUAUGUCAGUGUAACGGUACAAUGUUUUCAGCUGCGCUCUAUUAACCAUUUAUGAGGGCUUCUGACCAUUCUCAGGUAUGAGAGGAAAUACGUAUGCUUUCCAUUUCCCCGCUGCCAUCAAUAAGAUUUGACAUUUCCAUCCAGAACUAAGUAGACGUUUGUUCCAGGAUCUCGUUGUAGCAGGUUUAGCCUCGGGUGGAGCUUCAAGGCACACACGCUCUUGGUGAGAGGGUACUGAACGUCGACUGUUGACACCCAUCAGGCUCAUUGGCAUUCAGUGCAGUCGUACGGAGGAAGCUUCUUUUCUGUUUCUCUGAAAACGGUGGACACUGAAGACCACUUGAACUUGAGCUUCUACUUCAGUUAUAUUAAGGGGAAGGAAUCUUUUAUGUUUGAUCUGGGGAAGAUAAGCAGUUGCCCUUAUAUGAACUGCAGGCCGACGUUAAAUGCUUUCCGUGAAAAUUUUAGUUGCCUUUCUGCUGCAUUAAUCAGUUUUAGAUGCUUCUUUCGUUAUAUUUCUCUCCUCAUUUGUCAGUUAACAUUUUACAGAAAGCUUAAAAGGCCUUCACAAGCAUUCACUGCAAAUCCAAGUUUCUUUUUUUUAGCCUUCCGGAGGCUUGACGGAUGCAAGUUGGUAGAAGUUUUAUUUCUUAUUGUUGAAUUGAAUGCAUUGACCAACAAUAAACUGAGAAAGCGACUACGUG